CGAACGAGUUGAUGGCUCGGCUGUUAGAACAACUGCGUAUUCAUUCCAUCGCAAUCAGGACAUAUGGGGCAAGGAUGCGGGGCUCUUUCACCCCGAAUGGGGCUGUCGGAGGAGAAUCGCAGGAUGGAGAAGUAUCUGGUGCAUUUCGGCCAAGGUCAUCGGGCCUGUAUUGGAAAAAUUCAGGCUUUGAUUGCCAUGUGGAAAGCCGCGGUUGCAAUAUUGCGGAGAUACAAGCUGGUGCAUGCUGAUGGGAGUGGUGCGGAGACUUCGUUGCAGGGGUUUGACAUUGGCCCAUUGGGAUUCUAUCUUGAGCUGCUGCAUGAGAUUCUGAACGGAAUUAAGGGCCUAGGAAUGCUCGCUGUCAGAGCCGCCUCGGGGUUGUCCUGGGUGAAGGACGCGUCCUUUAGAACCUAG